AUAUUUGUUUGGUUUUGACGUGUAACCUAUUACUUUGACGCUUUCCCUUUAUUUACAAAGAAUUUAAUAAAAAUCUACCUAGAAUCUUUCCAAUAAUGUCGAGUGGUCAAUGGGAAGUUGUUGGGAAGAGCAAGAAGUCUCAGAAUGGCAAGAUUAAAACCAAGGAAGAUGAAAAGAAAGCUGUAAAAAAUGGACCGAAACUAGAGGAUGUCGUGCCACAUUCUCAAAUAAAAUCGUUCUAUUCUGGAAUGGAAAUUGAUGAUGUAAAGCCUGCGAAGGAGAAGAAAAAGGAUGGAGAUAAGAAGAAGAAGCAGGACAAGAAGAAUGCGGAACCUCCUAAACCUAAACCUCCAAAAACUAUUGAAGGUGCUCUAGAAAUAAUGGAUGCAGCAGAACUAGCCAAUAUAAUAACAUCAAACAAAAUCCGCUUUUCGAAUGCCCCUCUUGUAUGGCUGAAAGAAGUGGCUGCCUUCCUUAAUUCCAAGACUCAGAUAGAUGUGGAGGACCCUACGUUUUCCUCAUACCCUCCCCUAUAUCCCUUGUCUGCGGUCCCUGAUGAGAUCAGGAGAUCUUUGUCCGAUGUGCUCCAUGACGCUGGAAAGGCCAACGCACAGUUGUUCUUCGAUGUCACUUUAACAGCUCUAGCUAAUGAUAUGAGCAGAGGUCAGUCGGUAAAUGGUCACAGGCUAUUGUUGCAAAUGCUAGCACAGGAAUACCCUGAAUUCUGCAUCACCUCUGUACAAAAGAGUGCUAGUCUCCGCAACUCCUACCAGAACAGACCACCUAUUGGACUCUCCCUGCUAUGGGCGUUCGGUCAGGGUGGCAGCAGCGACUUCGCUGUUGGCCUGAAAGCUUGGCAAGAACUAUUCCUUCCUAUAAUCGAGCUUAAGAACUAUUCCAAGUACGUAGUAGGAUACUUGUCGAACCUCCUAGACGAGCACGGUACGAUGGACAACACUAAAGUUAGCCAGGACCAGCUCUUCGCCAUGAUAGACAUGGUGAACAAUAAGAGGAGCGCACUACCUAAGGAUCUGUCAAGUGACCUUAUCAAGCAAUUAAGUAAAUAUAAGGAUAUUUAUUUCAAUAAAAGCAAUAAUAAACUUCAAGUUACUUUCAAUCAACUUAUGAAGAAGUUGCCCAAUCAGUAUCUGAGUGGUGCGUCCCUGGACCCAUACCACCGGGUGCUAGUAGACUGCUUGGUCGACUGUCUCGCGAGGGACGACUCUUGCAAUGCUACGUGGAGACAACUCUUCCAUAGGUGUAGCAAACAGUCUGCUACAUUACUCGAUUAUAUUGAUGCCAACUGGGAGGAAGUCAGCAAAAAACUCAGGCAGAAGUCUUUGAAAAUGACUGUAUUGCAAUACAAAGAAGUCUGCGGUGAAGCUUUGAAAGGCAAGAAGAAAGAUGAGACUGUUGUUAAAACGAAUAAAAUAUGCCAGGAUAUUCUAGACAGAAUGACAAGCACUAGAAGGUUCCCUUGGAUCUGGGCCAGCUUCUUCCUGCUGGUCGGUAUUGCUGGGCUGGUCUCAUAUGAUGUCUCCAGAGCUGGUGGCAACUUCCCGAAAAGCGCAACGGGUCGUUUGCUCAACGACUUGGGUGUCCUGGAGCACAGUCAGCUUGCUUGGCAGAAGACGUUAUCAACGUCAGCUCGAGGCUACCUCUGGUUAGAGACCAACGCACCGGUCUACUACACCCAGACAGUAGAAACAUGCACCCCAUACGUGUUACUCUCAAGAGAAUUCGCGUACCUAGCCUUGAAGAAGGUGGGAGUACUGUACUCGAACACCAAGGACUACGUUGCUGAUAAAACCCCAGUGGUAGUGGCUACUAUAGACCAGUACGCACCAGGCCUGGUCGAUAAUGUACAGAGUUACGCAUCGACUGGCUUCCAAACGAUCAAGAAGUACUCCAACGACUACUACCAGCUGACCGCUGAGUACUUGAAGACUAAAGUAUUUGUAGGUGACUGGGCGCCAGAGAUACUGCAGAACAAGACAGAGUCCGCUCUGAAUGUGACCCGCUCACAUGUGUCCUCAUACUUCCACUGGUUCCGGGAACAGGUGCACAUCUACUCCAAGAUACCCUGAAGAGUAACCUCUCCCCUUAGUGAUAACUGUGCUAAACAGACAGAGGACUGAGUUACUGUGCUAGUUGUGUCCAUUCUCAUCUCUUGUGCGACUGAAUAUGAAAUGUGUUCAUUAACCAAGUUGUCUAACAAUCAUCUGUAACUACGGUCACAACCCAACUGUACUUAACAACUAUUUAGGCCUAGUAUAAUGUCAGUCAAGUGAACUUGAUUUUAUUUGGUGAAUUUUGUAUAAUUUUAUUGUUAUUUUUAUAACAAAAAUCAUCAAAUAAAGCAUUGUACCAUAUACCAUAUUGUCCCUAGUCUGCAUGUUAUCCAAAGCAGACUGCGCAAUUUAACACAGUCCUCUGCCUGAAUGUAUCCUUAUCAAAUCCGUUUUCUUUUAUUAUUUAUGUUCCCUUUAUGAAGAAAAAAAAUCUAAAUCGAGUACAAUACACACAGAUUUGUCUGUGUAACAACGAACAGACCUAACAAACUAUUCCUGGCGCACAAUGAUUGUAGAGACGAGUCAAUAUUGUGAAAGCAAUGUAUACCUCACUUGGAUGCAGGUAAUCCAAUAACUACAACAAGUUACAUCUCCACUCAUUGUGUGCCAAACUAUUUUGUUGACUUAUUUAUUUGUAAUCAUCAACAUUAUACACUCAAUUGUUUUUAAUUCAAUGCAAUAAUUAGAUCAUAUCAUUGAAGAAUAUAUUUUUACAAAAUUAAAUCCAUGACAAGGUCUACAAAAUUUUUAGUAGGUAUUUAUUUUAAAUAUGAAAAAUCUGUAUUUGAAUACAUUCCUUAUGCAUUUAAAUACCUAACAGACUGGUGUCAUCUCGCGAUUGUUCAUUAGUUACCUCUAAUUGUCAUCCAAAUAAUUCAUUGUUCAUUUUAUUGAAUCUUUUAACAAAUAAAUGAUAUAUUAGGGGAGUAAGCUUUUUGUAGUAUAUUUAUUUUGUGUUGAGAGAUCGUGUUCAAAAGAUAUUUUAAAUGAAAUGAUAGAGGAAUGACUUGUAAUUUGCGUUGUGUACAUUAUUUGGAAUUUGGCCCCAGACAUGUUUAAUUUUACAGUACUGGGAGAUUUGUUGAAGACACUUAGAAAUAAUAAUACUCAUCAAAGUUGCUUCAACACGUAUUUCUGACGAUCUGCAAUAAUUUACACUUGAAACAUCUCAAGCAAGUUCAUUAUUUUCUUCAGUUCUAUUUAUUUUUAUGUAAACAAACUGAAGAGAAUAAUGCAUGUUCUCGCAUUACCUAGUCGUUCCUCUGUUAACGGUUUGAGUGAAUGAAAUACAUAAUUUUAACAUACAAACAUCCAGCAGACAUAACAUUUCAAUUUAGAUAUUUGUUCCUCUUAUUAAGAUGAUAAAUGUUGUGUUGUACGAAAUAAUUGUAAGAAAUCACAAUAAAAUAUUGUUAGUGAUUUA